UCCGCGCUGUUGGCUCUCGAUGGGUUAGUAUGGAAUGAAGUGAUCGCCGACAGUAAUCGAAUAGGACAGGCAGAACUAUAUGAGGCAAUGGAAGCGGUUCUCAACGCUCUCAAAGCAUAUACAGAUCAUUCGCAGCCAUUUUUACAAAAAGUAAACAAGAGGGAAGCUCCUGGUUACUACAAUGUUAUAACAAAUCCUAUGGAUUUGGGCACUAUGACAAAGAAGCUAAAAAGUUCACAAUACCAAUCGAAGAAAGAAUUUGCUGAUGAUUUGUUUCUCAUAUACAAGAACUGUUUGACUUACAAUACACGUCCAGAUAGCAUAUAUCGUGAGCACGCGUUCAAAAUGGAGGAGAAGACUCGCGUUUUGUUGCAGAAUCCUCCUUUUGAGAAUGAGAGUAUUCUAGAACCAAAAGAACAAGAGAUAACGGAAACAGCUGCCGAUAAUUUUCCUGACGUGAUACCAUCUACCGCAGAUAACGAUCUGGUACUUAAGUUACCUAAAGUACCAGACAUUUGGGAUCCAGAAAUCUACAAUAAGAAUCGGUCGAAGUUAUUUGACCUUUACGCGAUCGAGAGUGAGGAGCGACCAACGUUGGACAUGUAUCCUGAAGUUCAAUUUUCUAAGAAAGGCACCGCAGCCCAGGUAGACAAGAAUAUCGAAACAUUACGACAGGCGAGAAUUGUGCAGUCUAAGAUUGCAGCAGCGAAGCAGAAUAUUCCCGUUAGUUAUUUUGGUCUUUCCGAAACUGCUCCAUCAAAUAGUAAAACUCCUCCACACUUAACAAACAUAAAUGGUCUUCCACCGUUAAUAAUGAAUAAAUAUACAGGAAAUGCGCUAAUGGAGCGCGUAGUUGUUAAACUGUUACAACACGCAGGAUUCGAAGCGGCGCAAUCAUCAGCUCUGAGCGUUCUUACAGACGUUGCAGUAGAAUAUAUGCUCAAUCUCGGAAAGAGCCUUCGAGCUUAUUGCGACGAGCACGAUAAAACGAUGACUCCAGAGGAAAUUUUAUUGCAUACGUUGAAUGAAAAUGGUGUAUCUUCUGUAAAUGAAUUGGAUUCGUAUACACGAGACGAAGUUGAACGAUAUGGAGUAAGAUUGAGUGACGUAAAUCGGCGAUUAGAGGCAACUUACACAGAACUUUUAGCGCAAGAUGAUAAAGAAGCAGAAGAACCAUCGUUCAGUGAUAAUGACGAAGCAUUUGCCAUGGGUAACUUUGGUGAAGACCUUGGAGAAGACUUUUUCGGAUUCAAAGAGCUCGGAUUAGGGUCACUCAGCGUUCCGGCUAAGCUAUUCUUUGGAAAAGAUAAACCAAAGAACAAUGUGGUUAAGGGACCUGGGCAAGGCACGAACGCUCCUGCAUAUCCGACGCCAGAAGCAUUCCCACCGGUGGAGCCAAGCAAACAAAUUGGUUUACUUCGUCCAUAUUUUGAGGGACGGGCAUCAGCGGCUAUUGGUCUUUUAGAAGACGAGAUGGUUUCUCAAAAGAAACGAAGUCAGAGGCCGAAAGUUCCUAUUACUGGAAUAAUUCCCAGACAACCACCUCGCGUUUCGAAACCGUCGGGUAUUGAAGCGGAAGCUCUUGCUAUAGAACGAAAACGCAAAAAAGAACGUGAAGCUCAGUUGGCUGAAGAAAAGAAAAGACAGCGAAUGGAAGAGCGUGGUCGAAAAGCAGCUAAGAAGGUGGCCGAAAAGGCUGAGAAAGAUCUGCAACGAAAAAUUAAAGCAGAGCAGAAACGUAUCGAACAAGAGAGUAAGAAAGCAGAAGCUGCCGCUAAAAAGGCUGAACAGAAGAAACUAAAGAGUAAAUCGAAAUCGAAUAAUUCGAACGUUACUGGUAAUAAUCGGAGCAAUAGUGGGAACGGUGCCAAUAAUGUCAACACAAGUACUAAGGAUGCAAUAUCAUACGGAGGUGAAAAGGGUGGAGUACUUUCCAAGGUUAUAGCGAAUGCAUAUGAGAGUGACUCUGAGAGUGUACCAUUGGCGAAGAGGAAAAAGAAACGCGUACGACCUGAUGGCGUAACAGUGCCUGGCAAUAGGAAAUUGUAA